UAGCAACCACCUAGUAGUCUUCACCAGCAGUUUUUGCAGUGUGGAUCUGCACUCCUGGGCUUCAGCACACACCAGAGUGGUUCACGUGUUUUCUGAUGUUAUGAGAGAGAGUGGAGAAGGCUGCUCGUGAGGGAAGAGUACCCAGAAGCAACUAGACCUCCGCCCCCAUCCUCCUUGACUGACGUCUCUUGGGACCUUUCUUUCCAGAUCAGAAACUGGCAGACUAAGCUUGGAAUUACCUAUCCCAGAGCAAGAGUCGAUGGAGCUGGGCCACCGAGCAGGUACAACCACUUUGCCCAGGGCCCAUCUGAACAGCAAGGAAGACCAGCAGGACACGAACCCCUGGAGAACUGCCCCCAGCCCUUUGGACACCUCCAAGUUCAAGUACCAGGCCCCAGUCUCCCCACAGCCGACCCUGUACCGGGGAGGCAGCCCCCUAAGGCAGGUCCACCUGGAGGAGGUCAGGACUCCACCCCCAUCGAUCAUCAGCAGUGACCGUCUGUCCCCAGGGAUGGACCCCCAGUGUGGGUCCCCGAGGAAGGGAGGCUAUAGACCCUCCUCGAGGGAGAGCAGGGCUUCUUUCCGAGAGGGGGCUCAGCUGAACCAGGGGCUGAAGGAAGGCCCCAACACAGGAGCCCAGGGCCAGAGGAGCAGCAUCAUUCCUGACAACAUUCGUCACAAGUUUGGGAGCAACGUGGUGGACGAGCUGGUCUCUGAGGAGCAGGCUCGAAGGGCCAUCGGCGAGGUCUUUGAGGGCCAGAGGAGGGCAAACUCAUGGCCCAGCAGGACCCAGAGUCCCGUGGAAAUCACCUCCAUCUUCUCAGACUACUAUGAUUUGGGCUACAACAUGCGAUCAAACUUGUCUCAAGGGGCCCCCGAGGAGACGAAGAGCCUCAUGAAGGCCUCCUACACCCCAGAGGUGAUUGAGAAAUCAGUGAGGGACAUAGAACACUGGCAUGGCAGGAAGACGGACGAUCUGGGACGGUGGCACCAGAAAAAUGCGAUGAAUAUGAACUUACAGAAAGCACUGGAUGAGAGAUUUGGAGAAAAGAGCAAAAACAAGAGCUCAAAGUAUUAGAUACGACUGGGAAGAGUUGCCCUCCACUCAGAGAAGGCGCUAACAAUAAAGAGAAACACAUCUGAAUGUU